GUUGCCAAACAAGCCUAAUUUGAUAUGCGAGCUUCACAAUAGUCGAACACCAAACAAGAAAAAGAACAGAUGAGAAUUUGUGUUUGCAAGUUGCAGCUACUUCGUUCAUCCUCCCAAAAUCAAAAUCAAAAUCAGCAAACCACUCUUCCGACUUGCCCUUUGCUUUGUGCCUGAUUUCUUCCAUUCGAUUACUGUUUACUUCCGUCAUCGGGGCGCACAACUAAUUUGUAAGAAAAUGGCAGGCCUAAUAUACCAGCUAUUCGCGUCAUCCACGCUUCUCUCUCUCGGUCUCUACCACCUCAUCUGCACCACCCGUAACUUCCUCAAAUUCCCACAGUCCUACUCCGCCAAGCCUUUCCACCCUUUUCCCUUCUCUUCCAAUCUCCGCCUCAAACACCUUCCUCUCUAUUUUCUCAUUCUCUGCCUUUUCAUCGCCUUUCUUCACCAAUCCUUCACCUCCUUCGACCCUGAUCCUCUCCUCAAGGGCCGCACCCCUGUCCACCGCUUUACCACCCUUCACUCCGCCGCCGUCUUGUUUCUCUUCUUCAUCCUUUCUCUUUCCCUUCUCCUCUCGGAAUCCUCUUCCCUCCUUCCCCUCCCCACUGAUCUCUUCUUCGCCUUUGCCUCUGCUUUUUUCUUUCUCCAGUAUUCUGUCUCCACCGCUGCUGCAUCGGUCCAGACAUCUGAUCUCCAAGCCAAAUGCGAUUCGUUGUCGGCCCGCAUCUCCUCUUUGGCUUCCUUGAUGUGUCUGAUUCUGGCUUGCUACCCGAAGCUUUUUGUAGCGGAGGCGGCUUUGGGGGCGGCGCUAUGCUUGCAGGGGCUGUGGGAGCUGCAGACAGGGCUUUCCCUCUACGUAGAGGCGUUUAUACCAGAAGGGUGCCAUAAAUUGCUGGAUGUUGUGAGCGGAGUGGAGGGGUCCACCAAGUGCGACCUUGACGAGUCCAGGCUGAGGGCUGUGGCCAUUCUGGAUCUGGUGUUUGUGGUUCAUGUCAUUCUUGUGGUUAUCAUUGUGAUGCUCACUUACGCCGUUGUUUCUAAGGCUGUUGGAAUUAGGAGACUGGGCUCCUACGAGGCCUUGCCUACCAAUUCUGCUGAUUCUAAUCAUAUUCAGAUGAAGACUUUAACAGGCACCCAAGCCUAAGCCUAACGCUAAUCUUUUUUCUUUUGUUUUUUCUUUCUUCCUCUGGGCUCUUCUUUUUUUUUUUUAAUCUGUCACUUGGAUUUACGUGGCAUUCAUUUUAAGAAUAUCAAAGUUUUUAUCUUCAUUGGACACUCUGUAACCUGUUGCUACAUUACGAAUUUUGUGUAAACAAGUUGUUUCCUUCUUUCUCUACUUUAUGAGCUUACUGGCAGAUUAUUAUCUUCAAUUCAUUUCUUAGUCUCUCUGUUGUUAAAUUCUCCAUUCAGUUAUGGUGGUCUGGCAAAUACAGAAGCUCUUUAUCCGUUGAACUUUGGUCAUUGGGUCCAAAAUAUUGAGUUUACUACUUUUGUGAGAAAGUCUAUUGGUUGAAUGGAAAUUAAAUCAGUCUAAUAUGUUUGAUUGCAUACAGAGCUUGCUGAAAUUUCAAACAUGGCAUCUUACAAUGACUGACCCCAGAAGUGAAGUUCUUUUGAUGCUUCGUCAACUUUUUCCCGCCUGGUAUUAGGGUGGUCGG